AUGCACCUGCCUAGUCCGUUAUUGUUUUUAUCCUUGGUGGUUGGUUGUUUUUCGUCACAAUUUACGGAUUACCCGUUUUCGUUCGGGAAGUAUUCACCAGAUCGCGGCAAUGAUUCUGAACUUUAUUCUCCUGGUGUUUUUUCGCCCGAAUUGUUCGACUAUCAACGACUUACGGAAGAAGUUGAUUAUGUGCUGAAACGCUAUCGAAACUAUGUGAUACCGGGCAAUAAUGAGCAGUAUUACUAUGCUUCUAAGCAUACAGAUUCUGAUCCUUGUUUGGGCAAUGAAGAAUACGAUUUUAUCAUAGCCGGUACAGGAACAGCCGGAGGAGUCCUGGCUAAUCGACUUACCGAAGAAAAUUACAAAGUGCUGGCCCUUGAAGCAGGCGAAGAAGCACCCACUUUAUCCAAUAUGUUUGGAAUGAAUGUCUAUCUUCAUAAUUCUGGAUUGAAUUGGGGAUAUACAACCACUCCUCAACAUCAUGGCUGUUUAGGUUCUCGAAAUAACAGCUGCAUGUACCCGAGAGGGCGCGUUCUAGGAGGCAGCAGCGUCAUAAACUUUGGAAUGUACGUCAGAGGCAACCGUUUAGACUACGACAAAUGGGAAGCGCUAGGAAAUCCUGGCUGGAGUUACGAAGAUGUUUUGCCCUACUUCAAAAAACCUGAACAUGCCACUUUCACUGGAAUUAUUGACGAAGAUUAUCAUGGAUUCGAUGGGCCUCAACGAGUGGGAAUUCCUGAUGAUAUUCCAAUAAUGUCUGAAGCUAUAAUUGAAGCCCACAAAGAAAUAGGAAAACGUGAACUAGACUACAACGGAGCAGACCAAGACGGUGUCAGCAGAUUGCAGUUCUUUCUAGACAGAAAUGUCAGAGCCAGCACAGCACACGCGUUUUUGAAUCCCAUCCGAGACCGCAAAAAUCUCAUAAUAAGUACUCGAUCGUACGUUUCCAAAGUGCUGAUUGCUGACAAAACAGCUUACGGAGUCGAAUACGUAAGAGACGGACAUAAAUGUGUGGCAACGGCCAGAAAAGAAGUGAUUGUUUCUGCUGGAUCGAUAAAUUCGCCUCAAAUUCUUAUGUUGUCUGGAAUUGGACCGGCAGAGGAGCUUCUCAAGCAUGGAAUUGACAUAAUUGAAGAUUUGCCUGUUGGAAAAAACAUGCAAGAUCAUUUAUUUUUCCCUGGUGUAUUUUACAGAUUUAAUCAUAAGUGGUACGACAUGACCAUCCAAGAACACGUAAAAUUGUGGACUGAAAAUAAACGUCCUUUAACUCCAAGUCUUGGACAAACGGCUAUAAGUUUCUUCAAUUUUGAAGGUCCGGAGGACAGCCAACCAGAAAUUGAAUUAUUCUUUUUUGGACCUCCUUUAGUCACAUCUGAUUUAGCUGUGAUUUUUAAUUUUGAUGACGCACAUAUUGAUGCUUUCGGAGCCCUCAACGGGCUCACAGAUCUUUGUAUAAACAUCGAACUUUUACAUCCAAGAUCCAGAGGGAAGGUGACAUUAAAAUCCAAAGAUCCGCGUGAUUUUCCUUUGGUCGAUCCAAAUUAUUUUUCGGAUCUCGAAGGCGGAGACAUUGAAAAUAUGUAUUUGGGAAUUGUGGCUGCGCUGCAGCUGAAUAAUACCGAAGCGUUCAAGAAAGCACAAGCUGAACUGCUGGUUAUUCCGUUUCCACGUUGCGAUUAUAAAUAUGAGCAGUUGUCGAAGGAAUGGUGGUAUUGUGCUUUGAGGAGUAUAGCUACAACACUUUUCCAUCCAAUUGGUACAACAUCAAUGGGUCCAGAUCCUAAAACCUCAGUAGUAGACUCGGACUUGAAAGUACACGGAAUUAAAAAAUUGAGAGUGGUUGAUGCAGGAAUAAUACCAGAUCACAUUUCCGGUCAUCCCAAUGCGGCAGUGGUGAUGAUAGCAGAAAAAAUAUCUGAUGCAAUUAAACACGAACAUUCUACAUUUGCCAAAGAUUCCGAUUUAUUUGAAAACGAAGACUUUUUGGAAAAAUGAUUUAUUUGUUAAUGUGUGAUAUAUGUUAUUAGGUACUAUGUUUUUGGAGCCUG